AUUCUGCAGCAACCGACUCUCAGACACUCCCGAAAACACGUCCACCGCACACUCCGAGCUACCGUUCAAAGCUGCAUCAAAAUGACUACCGCCAUCAAGUCCAUCAAGGCCCUCGCACCACUCCUCGACCGCGUUCUGAUCCAGCGCGUAAAGGCUGAGGCAAAGACAUCCGGUGGCAUCUUCCUCCCAGAGACUGCAGUGAAAGAGUUGAACGAGGCCAAGGUGCUGGCUGUCGGACCCGGUGCAUUUGACAAGGACGGCAAGCGAUUGCCCAUGGGCGUGAAGGCGGGCGACAAAGUCCUCAUUCCUCAGUUCGGUGGCAGCCCGAUCAAGGUUGGCGAAGAGGAGUACUCCAUCUUCCGGGACCACGAUAUUCUUGCCAAGAUCAACGAGUAGACGGCCAUGAUACCUGGAAACGAAAAUUUGUAACAAUAGCAUUACCCGGCGUCCGACUACAAGCGCGGUGUGGAGAGCAUCGGCGGCAGUCCGAGCAACUUGUUCAAUGUACUUUUUGACAAUGUGUAGUAGAACCUCCAUGUGAAUAAAUCUCUGCUCUUCGACGGC